AUGUUGGCUAUUUUAAUUGCAACCAGAGUUGGACGAAGACGGUGUAGUGCGUCUGCUACCCAAGGUGGAGGUAAGGGAAACAAAAACCAUGCGUCUGUCAACGCAAAACACUUUCGUCGUGGAGAUCUUUAUUUUAAGGGCGAUUACACGAUCUCAGCUGCAUACGAAGCAAGGCCUUACCGCGAACAUCAAUGGGAUCGCUAUUAUCAACUCGAUAGCGUGACUCGUGUAGCGCCGAGCAAUACAGGGGGCAUUGUCAAGUGUAUAUGUACUCUGGGUGAUGAUGAAUACGGAGAGAAUAUUCGUUUUGAGAAUGGGCAUAAGCUGCCUUUAAACAAGAAGAGGUCAUACCCUUUUGUUAAACGGCUUGUGUUCGAUCCGAAGAAAGUUAUUGAGCACAACAAACAAAUAGAUCAGGCAGAUGGAUAUACGGGAUUAAUGGUUCACCGUAGGCACUUUAAGUUCAAUCAUUUGGCAACUAGGCAAUCCCAUACUAUACUAUUACUAGACGCAAUACCUUACUUUCGAAUCAAUGAUUAUAUUCAGACCCCAUCUGUGCGUCGCUGUCCUUCCGAACGUCGUGAAACUGCCGGUUUUGUGUCACGGUUACACUAUAGUUUAAGUACAAACAAUGGACGGCCUGGACAUGGGGAUAAACGAAAGAUCACUCCUCUCGAAGCAGCAAAAAUAUUCACACCGAUCUUCUAUGAGCAACGGGAUCGCAUGCGUGAAGAUAUGGCUGAAGAACAAAAGGUUCCAGAAGUUGCAGCAAUUGGUGAUCAUAGUGGGGCUUGCAAACCUGACGCUCUGGAGUCAUAA